AGCUGGGCAUGGAGGGGGGUGCGUGGGGCACCCACCCCCCAUGGACAUCGCCCUCGUGCGCUGCCAGGGCUGUGGGGGACAGCGGGGUGACCCCCCCGGCACAGCCCCCCUUCCCCUCCCAGUGCCACACUGAGGGCAUUGCUGGGGGCAGCCCCAAGGGCUGCACGGGGCUCCCAGGGGAGAAUUUGGGACAGAACCCCCACCAGCACCCUCCCGGGGGUCAGAAAUCCCGGCAGGAACCGGCUCCCAGUGCUGCACCCAGGCCUUGUGUGGCAUCGGGAUGGGGACAGCGCAGGGACACCCUGGGGGUGCCCACACACACAUCCUGGCCGGGGGGUGCCCACACACACCUCCUGGCCGGGGGGUGCCCACACACACCUCCUGGCCGGGGGGUGCCCACACACACAUCCUGGCCGGGGUCUCCCAGGGCAGCUCCGGCUGCAGCUCCUCGGCUCAUCCCGCUCCUCUCCCAGCCCCGUGUCUGUGCCAACCCCCCUGUCACCAUCGUGCCAACCUCCCUGUCACCGUCCAGCCGUGGAGGAGCCCAAAAUAGCCCCGAGCUCACCUGGAGGGGGGCGGGGGGCCGAGGCUGCCGCCUGCCCUCAUCCCACUGCUCCAUAUUAAUGAGCCCCUUCCUCCUCCUCCUCCUCCUCCUCUCCUCGUCCCUCCCGGUGUCCGGCGGUGCCGAACCCGAGCUCAGCGACACGAGCCCACCCGCGCUCGGCUCCGGCCGCCUUCGCCAUGGCCGGGGGUCCCUCGGUGUUCCAGCUCUGGCUCGUGCUCCAAACCUCCUGCCUCUGCCUGGCCCAGCUCAGAGGGCCACCGGGCCAGCCCGGCCCGAGAGGGCCCCCCGGUCCCCCAGGAGUGCCGGGAGCGGACGGGAUUGACGGUGACAAAGGCCCUGCUGGAGCCCCGGGCUCCCCGGGUGUCAAGGGGGACCCCGGAGCCCCCGGCCCUGAUGGACCCCCAGGGAAGCCGGGCAUCGACGGCCUGACAGGAGCAAAAGGGGAGCCAGGACCCAUCGGAGCACCAGGAAUUAAAGGCCAGCCUGGACUUCCAGGACCUCCAGGGCUCCCUGGCCCUUCUCUGCCAGGACCACCCGGGCUUCCAGGCCAAGUGGGGCUUCCUGGAGAGAUCGGGGUGCUGGGACCCAAGGGUGACCCUGGACCCGACGGCCCCCGGGGCCCCCCAGGCCCUCCAGGGAAACCCGGCCUCCCAGGACACAUCCAAGGACUGGAGGAAGGCAGCGCUGAUAUCCUGUGCCCGACCAGCUGCCCCCCAGGUCCCAAGGGCCCCCAGGGACUGCAGGGACUGAAGGGACACAGAGGCCGCCCCGGUGCCCUCGGGGAGCCCGGCAGGCAGGGGGGGCAGGGCCCCAAGGGCGACGUCGGUGCCUCUGGAGAACAAGGAGUCCCCGGCCCGCCGGGACCUCAGGGCCCCAGGGGGUACCCCGGGAUGGCAGGACCCAAGGGCGAGACGGGCCCUGCUGGGUACAAGGGCAUGGUGGGGUCUGUUGGAGCAGCUGGGCGGCCGGGCAGGGAAGGCCCCAAGGGACCACCCGGGGACCCCGGUGAGAAGGGAGAGCUGGGUGGCCGUGGCAUCAGGGGACCCCAGGGAGACAUCGGCCCCAAGGGGGAGAAUGGUCUGCCGGGCAUCGAUGGCAAGGAUGGCACCCCGGGUAUCCCGGGGGUGAAGGGCAGCGUGGGACAGGCCGGACGCCCGGGAACGCCGGGACACCGGGGACAAGCUGGCUUGCCAGGCCAGCCGGGAAGCAAAGGUGGCCCGGGAGACAAGGGUGAAGUGGGUGCCCGUGGCCAGCCCGGUGUCACCGGUGCCCCAGGGCAGCUUGGGGAGCCCGGCCCUCGGGGCGAGCAGGGCCCAGAGGGUGUCCCUGGGCUGAAGGGCGACCGGGGUGAGCGUGGCCUCGUGGGGCCCCCGGGGGAGCAGGGCAGAGUGGGGCCGAAGGGCGAGCAGGGCCAUCCAGGGAUCCCGGGACCCCAAGGCUUGCCAGGAGUCAAAGGAGACAAGGGCUCCCCAGGGAAAACUGGCCCCAAAGGCAGCGUUGGAGACCCCGGUGUCCACGGCCUCGCUGGGCUGAAGGGAGAGAAGGGUGAAUCCGGAGAGCCGGGGCCAAAGGGACAGCAAGGCAUCCAGGGCGACCUGGGCUUCCCUGGCCCCUCGGGGGACGCAGGAGCACCGGGGGUGAGGGGCUACCCCGGCCCCCCCGGCCCACGGGGGCUGCUGGGGGAGCGUGGAGUGCCAGGGAUGCCCGGCCAGAGGGGCCUGGCGGGCCGGGACGCCGGGGACCAGCACAUCGUCGACGUGGUGCUGAAGAUGCUGCAAGAGCAGCUGGCGGAGGUCGCCGUCAGUGCCAAGAGAGCUGCCCUGGGGGGAGUCGGUGCCAUGGGACCCCCUGGCCCCCCUGGGCCCCCAGGGCCUCCUGGUGAGCAGGGCCCACACGGCCCCAUGGGCCCCCGAGGUGUCCCCGGGAUCCUGGGAGCUGCCGGGCAGAUCGGCAACGCGGGACCUAAAGGGAAGCGAGGAGAGAAGGGCGAGCGGGGAGAAGUUGGCCGUGGCCACCCAGGAAUGCCAGGUCCCCCCGGGAUCCCAGGUCUCCCCGGCAUUCCCGGCCACGCCCUGGAUGGCAAAGCGGGCGAGCGGGGCCUGCCGGGCGCCCCGGGCGAGGCUGGCAAGCCGGGACUGCCCGGGCCCACGGGACUGCCCGGGUUCUGUGAGCCAGCUGCCUGCCUGGGAGCCUCGGCCUACGCCGCCGCCCGCCUGGCAGAGCCGGGCACCGUCAAGGGCCCCCUGUACUGAGGGGCAGCACCAGGAGAGACCACGACACUGCAAACCCCCAGGGAGACCCCCCUCCCCUCCCUCCAGCAGCCAGGGUGGGAAGCACAUCCCUGGGAAUUCCAUCCGGGCUGGGAAGAACCCCAAUCCCACGGCUCGGGAGCGGUGGAGGAGAAAGAGUCGCCUCCAGUGCCACCCUUGGGGUUUGUUCCCUGUGCCCCUUCCCCAGAGAAAUAAAUUGUCUUUUAUACAAAC